ACAAAGUUUUUUUCUAUUCAACAAUAAAAUGGUCAAAAAAAUCCCAACAGCAUAAGAAAGAAAGAGAGAGCGCGAGAGGAUGAAGUGAAGGUUCGAGUAGCAUCCCGUAAAACAAAGACAAAUAAAAUCCACGUGUCGUUCUCUCUGUAUCAUGUGUCAAACAUAAAUACGUUCCUCUGUUUUUUGUUUUUUUAACAAAUUCCUUAAUUAACGGGUGAAUUGUUCUUCUUCUACAUUCUUCUUCUCUUCAUCAUCAUCUCAGAUUAGAUAAAGAAUAUGCAGAAGGGUAGAGAAGUUCAAGACAAUGUUUUCAAAUCAAGAGGGUUUGGAGAUUUUGGUGGAUUUGGUUUCCACAAAAGUAUGACGAUGCCUAGCCUUUUUGGGGGAAGGGAUCCAUUUGAUGAUCCUUUUUUCACUCACCCAUUGGACAACAUGAGGAAUCCAAGUUCUACUUCAUCUAGAUCAAUGCAAAAGAGUGAGAAGACCAGCAGGGAAAAAGGAGUUGUUAUAAAAGAAUUAGACUCUGAUGACGAGGACAUUGAUAGUUUUGAUGAAAAAUUUUUGAGGUCAUCAAUGGAGCCAUCUGUUGAGCAUCCGGAUGAUGAUGAUGUUAAUGAUUGGAAAAGCAGUGGUGUGACUCACAAGAAUGAUCGUCACAAAUCAGAAGAACAUUCGAAGGACCAUAAUCGCAAUUUGUCUUUUCAGACUAGCAAAGUAACAUAUGGUGGUAUAGAUGGUGCUUACUAUACUUCUACCAGAACCAGAAGGAUGGGGACUGACGGGGUGGUGGUUGAGGAAAGGAAGGAAGCUGACACAUCAACAGGCGAGGCAGCACAUAGAAUCACUAGAGGAAUCCAUGAUAAGGGUCAUUCAGUUUUGAGAAAGCUUGACUCAGACGGCAAGGUUGGUACAACACAAACGCUGCACAAUCUUAAUGAAGAUGAGCUUGCACACUUUGAGGAAGCUUGGAAAGGCAAUAAUCUAGGGCCGUUACCUGAUUAUGAUAUACAAAGGAAGAAAGAUUCUAGAGUUGGUGAGCUAACCAAAAACAAGGUUUGGUCACUUCCAUAUUUGGAGCAAGAUAGAAGGGAAAGAGGAUUUUCAUCAAAUUAUGAAAGUGGAAACAAAUCUGAAGGAAGAACAAAGAAAGUUGUUAGGAUCAAUAUUGAGUGAAUGGUGUAGGACAUGGUAGACAUUGCCUGUAAUUUUGUAUGUAAAAAAUGUAGAAUGAGUUGCAUUGUGGUGUGGUUUAGAUCAAAAAGCUAUAAGAUCAUGUUGUAGAACUAAUAUAUGUUUGUUUACUCGGAGUUUUUAUCGUUCUAAACCCUUGAUUUGAGGUUUGAGGUUUUCAUUUAAA